CAGCCAUAGAGAGACCGAGAGCUCCCAGAGAACCCGGACUCCGCCAUCUUCACGUUGCAAUCUAUAGCUCCCAGUCCGCGCCCGCACCGACCCAGGCGCACUGGGCGAGCCGCCCCUCGGCCCAGCUCCCCCCGGGCCCGCGGCGCCAGGGGAGCGCGGGGGAGCGCUCGCGGGGACCCGGCAGCCUCUCCGGCCGGCGCCAGCCUGCCAGGUGAACUGGGAAGGAGCCGAUCCUGGAGUCCCCCCAGAGCCUCGGAAGGGUCAGGCUCCGAGAAAAAACCAGGCAGCCCGCAGGAAACCCAGAAACAAGCAAACCCGGGCAGUUUUACAUUGCUUCGGGUUUUUUUGAGGGGGCGGGGUAAGGGGGUACGAGACAAGUCCCCAAGUUUUCUUUGCUUUCUUUUCUUUUUCUUCCUUUAUUUUUUAUUUGUUUGCAUUUUUUUUCUUUCCCCCUCUCCUGGUAGAAGUGCGCUUUCCACCUACCAGACCCUGAAAGAAAGUGUCAGGAGCCGGUGCAAAAUCCGGUUUAGUUCAAGAAGACAUUUGGAAGUCCAGGAGGCCAAGCAGUUUGAAGAAGUGCAAAGGAUUUUUUUUUUCAUUCUAAAGAACAUAUUUUUAAAGAAACCAGCCAGUCGGCGGCAAGCCAGAAACAGCAGAUUUUUUUUUUUGCCUCUUUCUCAUAUUUUAGAUCGAGGGUUUUCUUUCCUUUUUAUUAUCUUUUUAUUUUUGCAAACAAAGCAAAAAACAGCAUAGAAGAAGGAGCAAAAUAAAGAAGAAGAGGAGGAAGAGAGGGCAAGAGAGGAAGGGGGAAAAAAAAGCCAAAACACCAACCCGGGCAGAGGAGGCGGCGGCAGCGGCGGCGGCGGCGGCGGCGGCGGCGGCGGCGGCAGCGGCAGCAGCUCGGACCCCCUCCGCCGGCUCCCCUCAUCAGAGCAGCUCUCCGGGCGAUGCCAGAAUAGAUGCCGGGGCAAUGUCCCGCCGCAAACAGGGCAAUCCGCAGCACUUGUCCCAGAGGGAGCUCAUCACCCCAGAGGCUGACCAUGUGGAAGCGGCCAUCCUUGAAGAGGACGAGGGUCUGGAGAUAGAGGAGCCCAGCGGCCUGGGGCUGUUGGUGGGUGGCCCCGACCCUGACCUGCUCACCUGUGGACAGUGUCAGAUGAACUUCCCUCUAGGGGACAUCCUGGUUUUUAUAGAGCACAAGAAGAAGCAGUGUGGCGGCAGCCUGGGCGCCUGCUAUGACAAAGGCCUGGACAAGGGCAGCCCGCCGCCCUCCUCACGCGCCGAGCUCAGGAAAGUGUCCGAGCCAGUGGAGAUCGGGAUCCAGGUCACCCCUGACGAAGACGACCACCUGCUCUCGCCCACGAAAGGCAUUUGCCCCAAGCAGGAGAACCUUGCAGGGCCGUGCAGGCCUGCCCAGCUGCCAGCGAUGGCCCCCAUAGCUGCCUCCUCCUCCCACCCUCACUCAUCCGUGAUCACCUCACCUCUGCGCGCCCUGGGCGCUCUGCCGCCCUGCUUCCCCCUGCCCUGCUGCAGUGGGCGCCCCGUCUCGGGCGACGGGACUCAGGGUGAGGGGCACGCGGAGGCUCCUUUUGGAUGUCAGUGUCAGUUGUCAGGUAAAGAUGAGCCUUCCAGCUACAUUUGCACAACAUGCAAGCAGCCCUUCAACAGCGCGUGGUUCCUGCUGCAGCACGCGCAGAACACGCAUGGCUUCCGUAUCUACCUGGAGCCCGGGCCGGCCAGCAGCUCCCUCACGCCGCGGCUCACCAUCCCGCCGCCACUGGGGCCAGAGGCCGUGGCCCAGUCCCCGCUCAUGAAUUUCCUGGGCGACAGCAACCCUUUCAACCUGCUGCGCAUGACGGGCCCCAUCCUUCGGGACCACCCGGGCUUCGGGGAGGGCCGCCUGCCCGGCACGCCGCCCCUCUUCAGCCCGCCGCCGCGCCACCACCUGGACCCGCACCGCCUCAGUGCCGAGGAGAUGGGGCUCGUUGCCCAGCACCCCAGUGCCUUUGACCGAGUCAUGCGCCUGAACCCCAUGGCCAUCGACUCGCCCGCCAUGGACUUCUCAAGGCGGCUCCGCGAGCUGGCGGGCAACAGCUCCACACCGCCACCCGUGUCGCCAGGCCGCAGUAACCCUAUGCACCGGCUCCUAAACCCCUUCCAGCCCAGCCCGAAGUCCCCGUUCCUGAGCACGCCGCCACUGCCGCCCAUGCCCCCGGGCGGCACGCCGCCGCCCCAGCCUCCAGCCAAAAGCAAGUCGUGCGAGUUCUGCGGCAAGACCUUCAAGUUCCAGAGCAAUCUCAUUGUGCACCGGCGCAGCCACACGGGCGAGAAGCCCUACAAGUGCCAGCUGUGUGACCACGCGUGCUCGCAGGCGAGCAAGCUCAAGCGCCACAUGAAGACGCACAUGCACAAGGCCGGCUCGCUGACCGGCCGCUCCGACGACGGCCUCUCGGCCGCCAGCUCCCCGGAGCCCGGCACCAGCGAGCUGGCCGGCGAGGGGCUCAAGGCGGGCGGCGACUUCCGCCACCACGAGAGCGACCCUUCGCUGGGCCACGAGCCUGAGGAGGAGGACGAGGAGGAGGAGGAGGAAGAGGAGGAGCUGCUGCUGGAGAACGAGAGCCGGCCGGAGUCCAGCUUCAGCAUGGACUCGGAGCUGAGCCGCAAUCGGGAGAACGGUGGCGCUGGGGUGGCCGGGGUUCCAGGCGCGGCCGGAGUGGGUGGCGCGGCCAAGGCUCUGGCCGACGAGAAGGCACUGGUGCUGGGUAAGGUCAUGGAGAACGUGGGCCUGGGCGCGUUGCCGCAGUACAGCGACCUGCUGGCCGACAAGCAGAAGCGCGGCGCCUUCCUGAAGCGUGCAGCAGGCGACACGGGUGACGACGACGACGCGGGAGGCUGUGGUGACGCGGGCCCGGGCGGCGCGGUCAACGGGCGCGGCAGGGGCUUCGCGCCAGGCGCCGAGCCCUUCCCGGGCCUCUUCCCGCGCAAGCCGGCGCCGCUGCCCAGCCCCGGGCUCAACAGCGCGGCCAAGCGCAUCAAAGUGGAGAAGGACCUGGAGCUGCCGCCCGCCGCGCUCAUCCCGUCGGAGAACGUGUACUCACAGUGGCUGGUGGGCUACGCGGCGUCGCGGCACUUCAUGAAGGACCCCUUCCUGGGCUUCACGGAUGCGCGCCAGUCGCCCUUCGCCACGUCGUCCGAGCACUCGUCCGAGAACGGCAGCCUGCGCUUCUCCACGCCGCCCGGGGACCUGCUGGACGGCGGCCUUUCGGGCCGCAGCGGCACGGCCAGCGGCGGCAGCACGCCGCACCUGGGCGGCCCGGGCCCCGGGCGGCCGAGCUCCAAGGAGGGCCGCCGCAGCGACACGUGCGAGUACUGCGGCAAGGUGUUCAAGAACUGCAGCAACCUGACGGUGCACCGGCGGAGCCACACCGGCGAGCGGCCUUACAAGUGCGAGCUGUGCAACUACGCGUGUGCGCAGAGCAGCAAGCUCACGCGCCACAUGAAGACGCACGGGCAGAUCGGCAAGGAGGUGUACCGCUGCGACAUCUGCCAGAUGCCCUUCAGCGUCUACAGCACCCUGGAGAAACACAUGAAAAAGUGGCACGGCGAGCACUUGCUGACUAACGACGUCAAAAUCGAGCAGGCCGAAAGGAGCUAAGCGCACGCGCGGUGGGCGCCCCGCACUUGUACAGUGGAACCGUUGCCAAGCGACAGAAUGCUGACCUGACACUUGCCUCCGUGUCCCCGCCACUGAGCGCCCCGCGUGUCCCCGGGGCUCAGGGGGAGGCGGCCCUCCAACCUAACCUGUGUCUGCGAGGUCGGUUGUUAAAGGCAGUCAGAAAGGUGGAGCCUUUUAACUGUGCAAUAAUUUCUGUAUUUAUUGGGUUUUGUAAUUUUUUUGGCAUGUGCAGGUACUUUUUAUUCUUCUUCUUUCUGUUGAAAUUCCUUUAAAAGAUUCUGUUGGGUAUCCAUCCCUUCUUCAUUUUUUUUAACCCUGUAGUCGCCUGAGCAAUGACUCGCAAGCAAUGUAGAGGGGAAGCAUAUCUUUUAAAUUAUAAUUUUGGGGGGAGGGCGCUGCUUUUUUGAAAUCUAAGCUAAGCAUGUGUAAUUUCUUGUGAAGAAGCCAACACUUAAAUGACUUUUAAAGUUGUUUACCUUUUUAUUCCUUUUUUUUUUGUCCUGAGAUAAAACGUGGCAUGCAUUUUUUUUGGGGGGGGCGAUGUACAGCGGAUAACAAUCUUUAAAGUUGUAGCACUUUGUUUCGGAACCGGAGUGGGGAUGUAGCACUGACGAUGUCCUGAGUGACAGAGGCCUUCUCUGUGUGACUUCAGCCUUCCCAUGAACGGCAGGAGGGGAACUCGGAGUGGCAGGGGAGGGGCCCAGAAACUCCGCACUGCCAAUAAAAUAAGAGUUUUUGAGGGCUCCUCGUGGAAAUGGCCCAGAGGAUUCUAAGAUUGUGCAUUACCAGCCCAUACUCUCCCCUUCUUGAAAUGCGGGUGCGCCCCGGGAUGCCAUCUUGGCUGCUUUGCUGUAGAACAGGCUAAAUAAAAUGGGCUGAGGGUACCUUUGGCGGGGUAGAUGGAGGUGGCCUUCAGUGAUACAGAAAGGAAGAAACCAGACGUGUUCUUUCGGGCUUCUUCUGGCUUGACAGCUUCUCUCUCUCUCUCUCUCCCUCUCUCCCCCUCCCUCUACCUCUCCCCCACCAUGAAAAUCCCACGACUUACGUUGCUACAUGUGAUAAUUGGUUGAUCAUUUCUCAAGCAGACAAGUGCCCUGAUGGUGAAUUGAGGGAAGUGAGAGCUCUCAUUUCAUGCACACUGAUGACAUUGUAGAGGCAGGGGGGGAAGUCUUUCGAAUUUCUGCUCCCUUUGACUGGAAGGGCAGGGGAAGUUCCAUCCGAAGGUACCAGAGCUACUUCCCGAUUUUUUUUUCUUCUAUCCCAUUCAGUUGGGAGGUACUAAACAUCGGACUGUUGAGAUUAGACAUUUGAAUUCUGUUGACCCGCACUUUAAAGCUUUUGUUUGCAUUUAAAUGAAAUGGCUUCUAAACAAGAAAUUGCAACAUAUUCUUCUCUUUGGCCCAGAGGUGGGUUAAACUGUAAGGGACGCUGAGACUGAGUGUCAGUGUUGCUAAGCAUCCACAAUACUGGCACUAUAAAGAGCAAGAUAAAACAGUAACUCAUUGGACAGUUUUUCUACUGCCAAUCGAUCUGAUGUGAGUGCCUUGAAAACUGAUCUUCCUAUUUCAGUCUCUUGAGACAAAUGCAAACCUUUUUUUUUUUUGAAAUGAAAAGACUUUUUUAAAAAGUAAAACAAGAAAAGUACAUUCUUUAGACACAAACAAAGCCACAUUUACUUUAAGUAAAUUUUAAAAUUCCUGGUUGAAGAUAGAGGACAUGAAAAUGCCAUAAGACCCAAUCACGCGAAGAGACAAACCCAGCACAACCUUGGACAUCCAUUGCUAUAGCUGCACGAUCCUCAGCCCCGUUCUGUUUGUGGGACUGUGCUGCUCAGAGGUGGAGUGGAGGUGAUUUACUGCUGAAUUAAAACUCCAGUGACAUGAGUUACAAGUUGAUAUCGUUGAAUGAAAAACAAAACAACAACAACAAAAAAAUUCAGGAACAAUGGCUCAUUUUUUUUCCUAAAGUUAAAUUUAGUGCACUCUGUCUUAAAAAUACGUUUACAGUAUUGGAUACAUACAAGGGUAAAAAAAAAUUGUGUGUAUGUGUGUUGGAGAGAUCUUUUUUUUUCAAAGUUUGCUUAAUAGGUUAUUAAAAAAAACGCCACAGUGGCUGCGUGUAUAUUGUUUUCUUUUGGUGACGGGGUUUUAGUAUAUAUUAUAUAUAUUAAAAUUUCUUGAUUACUGUAAAAGUGGACCAGUAUUUGUAAUAAUCGAGAAUGCCUGGGCAUUUUACAAAACAAGAAAAAAAAAACCUUUUUCCUUUUCCUUGAAAAUGUUGCAGUAAAAUUUAAAUGGUGGGUCUAUAAAUUUGUUCUUGUCACAGUAACUGUAAAGUCGGAGUUUUAGGAAAUUUUUUUCUGCCUUGGGUGUUGAAUUUUUAUUUCAAAAAAAUGUAUAGAAACUUGUAUUUGGGGAUUAAAAGGGGAUUGCUACACCAUGUAGAAAAAGUAUGUAGAAAAAAGUGCUUAAUAUUGUUAUUGCUUUGCAGAAAAAAAAAUCACAUUUCUGACCUGUACUUAUUUUUCUCGCCCCACCGCCCUCUGGAAUGGAUAUAUUGGUUGGUUCAUAUGAUGUAGGCACUUGCUGUAUUUUUACUGGAGCUUGUAAUUUUUUAACUGUAAGCUUGUCCUUUUAAAGGGAUUUAAUGUACCUUUUUGUUAGUGAAUUUGGAAAUAAAAAGAAAAAAAACAAAAACAAACAGGCUGCCAUAAUAUAUUUUUUUAAUUUGGCAGGAUAAAAUAUUGCAAAAACAAUUUGUAUGUUGAGUCCUAUUGUACAGGAGGAAAAGGGUUGUUUGACAGCCUUUGAGGGAGAGACAGAAGGGAAGCAGUGAAAUGCUUUGGUUCACAAGUCAUUUUAGUUGUACAUAUUUUUGAUGGAAUUGGCCCGUGCAAAGGAAUGUGGGAGCCGGGCUUCCCCCUGCACGCAGCUGAACCUUGCACCAGGGCUCCCUGGGGUGGCCGCGGCAGCCCGGAUGGGAAAGCCCUGAUUUGUGACGAGCGGAAAUGUCAGUUUUGUAAAGGUGUCGGUAACAUCUCACAGAGCCCCCAGUGCUCUCACAGGCCAUCUGUAAGAAGUCAGCUGCAGAGCGAGUCAGUGGGCAUCUCUCUUCACCGUCCCUGUGGUGGCCGUAGCCACCACCACCACCACCACCACCACCACCUCUCCUGCCCUUAAGAGCAGAAAGAAAUGCAAACCGAGCUUUCUUGAGCCCUUGACAAGACAUUAAACAAACAAAGAAUGUAACAAAAGGAGCUGGCCUAUUAGCUAGGCACAGACAGCGCAAUCUGCUGCUGACCCCAGCGCAAACUGGAUUGUGGGAGGGCGUCCCCUCGCAACCGAGCUCUUUCAUUCCACGGAGAGCCUUGGCCUGUUGUCUUUCUUACCUGCUCUGCAGCUUUCCUCUCCCAAACCUGCGUUCCGUCUGUUUCCGAACGCCUGGGCCCUGGGGUGAAUUCCGUGCCUUGCCGCCUCUCUCUUUCCUCGUGUUUCCUCUCCAUCCUCCAGCCUCUGUCGCUCCUACAUCUGUUCCUUUCAUUUUCAUUUAAUUUAUUUCCUUUCUCCCCUCCCUGUCCCUUCCCUACUUUUUUUUUUUUUUUUUUGUGAAGCCAAGUAGCUUUAAGAUUAUAAAGUGGUAGUUUUUUCGAUGAGGGAAUAAUACAUUAAAAAAUACCUAUAUCAGGAAGCCAUUUUUUAAUUUCAGGAACUGUAAGAAAUCAUUAUUUCAGGUGAUGGAAGUCUAACCAAGCAUCCUUUUGGGCAAUUCUUGACCAAAUGCAGAAUCUCUCCUCUGGGGCCUUCUCUGUGUCAUUGGCUCUUUCCUCCCGGCCACUAACUUUUGCUAAAGUGAGAAGAAGGGGGAGGGGGCAGGAGAUGAAGCUAAGAUGUCAGCUUCCUGCCUGCUUGACCCCAAGACCCAUGGGUCACCCUGGUAAGGUGCCCCAAGGGCCUCCAAGGUGACCCUUCUGCAGUAAACGCAGCCAGCUCUUCCCUGCUCACACCAAGUCACCCGAAUGCCAGGACUAAGCCAUCCUAAAGCACAAAGAUUGUGUCUCCGUCCACCGACGGCAGAGGAAAGAGCAUUUUGCUUCUCUUUCUCGUGUAAAAAGCCAACACUCCAGCAGAUGACCCGCUGGGAGAGGCCCCAGCCUGGUGUCUACACUGCCACAACUCUGUUCCAAGUUGCCCCCCCGCCCCUCCCGUUGGAACCUGCCACUUGCCAUGAGAGGGAGGGUCUUUCGUGGGGGAGAGGAGGAGGCUGAGCUGUAAGGAAAAUGUGAAAAGUCAAGGGAAUCAGCCUUUUACCCCGGUCCCAAGGGCCAGCCAGUGGAGGUCGCGUCGAACACAGGCAGCCCCGUGACUCGGUGCUCUCGGAUCUCAGCGCUGCAAGGCAGAGUUCCGUUGCUUUCAGUUGUGUUGGCCAGGCCAAACAUUUUUAUUACCUUUUCUAUUCCUUAUUGUAUGAGCUUUUGUUGUUUACCUGGAGGUUCUGUCUUUUACUACAAGUUUGGAACUAUUUAUUAUUGCUUGGUACUUGUGCUCCGUUGAGAAAACGGGCACUUUUUUUUUUUUAAAUUGUGGAUAAAAUGUUGAGAUGACGGGAGGUCAUUUCAAUAUGGCUUAGUAAAAUAUUUAUUGUUCCUUUUAUUCUGUGUACCAGAUUCUGGGCCUCUUUUUCCCCUUAAUGUCACGAUGUUGAGUUCAGCAUGUGUCUGCCAUUUCAUUUGUACGCUUGUUCAAAACCAAGUUUGUUCUGGUUUCAAGUUAUAAAAAAUAAA